AUGAGCAAGGGACAACAAAAGAGUUUUGUGGUGGCCGGCGAUGCCUACGCCAAGAUUGUUAUGCACAUUAACAAAUACCCGUAUCUUGCGGUAAAUGGAGUGCUGCUGGGGUCAAAAUCUAAUGGCGACGCCGCGAUUCGAAUCGUGGAUUACAUUCCCUUCUUUCAUGGAGCCACUCUAGCCCCCAUGCUUGAGGCUGCCAUGAUGCUCGUUGAAGAGCGCGCCACCGAGCAGCAGCUGAGCAUCGUGGGGUACUUCCAUGCCAAUGAGCUCGCUGACGACACCGAGCUGAGCCCGCUGGCAAUCAGCAUCGGCUCCAAGAUCAGCAAGCAGUUCGCGGGCGCUUGCGUCCUUUUGGGGUACCUCCGAGAGGGCGAGGGGUGGCACGACAAGAGCAAGAACUUCAGCCUCGAUGAGGCAUACGACACGGCCCAGCUUGCGUCCCUGGCCAAGGAUUGUCAGCGGCUUCAAGAUUUUGAUAACCACCUGGAGGAUGCUUCGAACGACUUCUUCAACCUCCGACUCUUUGAGCAGCCGGAGCCCAAGAAAAGGAAGUGA